GCCCUUCGCCUUGUUUUCUUGACUCUUUUGACCGACCGACGAUACUGCCGGCCUGCCCAUUCCCAAGCAAGGCACGAGCGAACCUCCAGUACCGGCAACGUCGAGGGUCGAACAUGGCCUUCGGGAACGAGGUCGACAUCACGUCCAAGUCCGCUGAAGGGGGAAAGGGAAAAAUGAUGCCUGGCGAGGAAUCGGUCCAAGUUCAUACGACGAACCCUUCGCCGGACUUGAAUGAUUUCGAUUGCGAGAAGCAUGGCGCCAACAGCGAGUCGAACCCGCUUCCCCAGCUCAAGCGAAAGCUGAGAAGCCGACAUUUGCAAAUGAUCGCUAUCGGAGGUACAAUUGGCACAGGUCUCUUCAUCGGUAGUGGUACCGCUGUCGCCCAUGGCGGACCUGUGGGAGCGCUCAUCGCUUAUGCCUUCGUCGGUACGAUUGUUUAUUCGGUCAUGACGUCUCUAGGAGAGAUCGCAACUUACAUUCCGAUCCCGGGAGCCUUUACGGCUUACGCUGCUCGUUUGGUUGAUCCCAGUCUCGGCUUUGCCAUGGGUUGGAUUUACUGGUUUUCUUGGGCUUCGACAUUUGCGCUUGAGUUAACAGCAACGGGACUUAUUAUUCAAUUCUGGGACGAUAGCAUAAAUAUCGCCAUCUUCAUCGCCAUCUUCUGGGUUGUCAUCACGCUCCUGAAUUUUCUGCCUGUCAGCUUCUAUGGCGAACUGGAAUUCUGGUUCUCAAGCGUCAAGGUCAUCACAGUCGUCGGCUUCAUGAUCUUCGCGAUUUGCAUUGAUGCUGGGGCUGGCAAGGAUGGCUACCUAGGCUUCCGUUACUGGGUUCAUCCCGGACCGUUCUCUCCCUACAGCGGCGUCUCUCCCGAUUCAACUGCCAAGUUCGUUGGAUUUUGGUCUGUCCUCAUUCAAGCCGGGUUCGCCUAUCAAGGAACAGAGUUAGUGGGUAUUGCAGCCGCGGAAACCGAGAACCCCCGCGAAACUGUGCCAUCCGCUAUCCGCAAGACCUUCUACCGGAUCCUGUUCUUUUUCGUUCUCACGAUUUUCUUUAUCGGGAUCCUUGUGCCAUACACGAACGACGACCUUCUCACAGAUGGUAAUGACGCAAACUCUUCGCCGUUCGUCAUCGCUGCUAAACUUGCGGGUGUCCAUGUACUACCACAUAUCAUCAACGCAGUCUUGCUGACUGUGGUUCUUUCGGCUGCCAACUCGAAUGUGUACAGUGGCAGCCGUAUCUUAAUUGGCUUGGCACAGGAGGGCUUUGCUCCUCGUUGGUUCAAGAAAACGUCGAAGAAAGGUGUGCCAUUUUUCAGUGUCGCGUUCACUUCGGCUUUCGGUUUGCUUGGUUUCAUGAAUGUUUCCAAUUCUGGCAGUACUGUUUUCAAUUGGCUGGUCAACAUCGCUGGUGUGGCAGGCUUCAUCACCUGGGCCUCCCUGAAUGGCUGCCAUCUUGCAUUCAUGCGUGCUCUGAAGGCCCGGAAUAUCUCUCGCGAUUGUCUCCCGUAUAAGGCCUUGUGGCAACCGUACUAUUCCUGGUAUGGACUGUUCUUCAACGUUCUCAUCAUUAUCACCCAAGGAUUCACCGCAUGGAUCCCUUCUUUCGACGUCCGGAGCUUUUUCACGGCUUAUAUCAGUCUGAUCCUUUUCGUGGUACUCUAUGUCGGUCAUAAAAUCGUUUACAGGACUUCUUUCGUCCACCCGCUCGAAGCUGACAUUGACACGGGUCGGUUGGAGUUCGAAAACGAGACAUGGGAGACAUCUGCACCAACAUCCAGCAAGUGGUAUAAGAAGGCUUUUCAUGCAGUGCUAGGAUAAGCCGGGGCUCGAAGGCGUCUUCGGGGACCAACACCGAUCUCGAGGCUUCCCGCCCAUGGACGCCCUUCUCAUUGCGUGCUCG